AUGCCGUCGGGUGCUAAGAAGAGGAAGGCCGCCAAACGCAAGAAGGAGCAGGAGCAGCAGCAGUCACCGCUGGGUGUCCACCCUCCGGUCUCCCCGACCUUGUUAACUGCUGGUGUUCCGCAUUCUCCUCAAGGUUUUUCUCAAAGUUCCUCGUCCCCCUCUCCCCUCAAAAAACCUUGCUCUUUUCACGUGAUUCUAUUCCACAUUUCUGAUGUGUUUCAUGGUUUGUAUCUGUCAAUGGAGCAGGCCAGGAGGAAGACGAUCUGAUCAGUCAAAGCAGCAAGAGGAGUGACAGCGGAAGUGAAUCUGCUUCGCCUCAGGCGCAGGGCGAUCGGGAAUUCCGCCUAGAACUCGAUCGAGAGGAUGAGAAAGGUAGCGAUUCUGCUGGGCCGGUGGAUGUCGUUAAGGUGAUGGGCAGCAUCGAGAACAGCGUCGAAGAGCAUGCAAUAGAACCGUUGACACCGGAGAAGACGGAGGCGGCCAUGAAGAAGACAUUGGAGGCCCAAGAUGUGGGGAUGGUGCUCGGAAAGGAGCUCCCACAGCGAUUUCCAUCUCAUCCUCCUUCCCACACCUCUACAGAGAUCCCCACUUCCGAGCAUGAAUCAGUUACCAUUGACGACCGUCAAUCGGAGAGGAGCGAGGAUGUUAAUGUCGGGGAAGAAGUCCCUCCCCCACCUCCACUGGAACCGAAGCAAUCGAAGUCAACAUACUCUGCUGACUUUCCGGAUGAAGAGGUGGAACAACCUUCAGAUAUGCUGCCAGAGAGCAUCAAUACGGGUGGAAGUGUGGAGAAGCUGCUGAACAGUAAAGCCGUAGAUGGAGUCCUCCCUCUUUCUAAUGCUACCUCCGAGCAGCCCCAUGACCCUUAUGGGGUUCACAACAAUGGAGGAGGUCAAGAAAUUUCAGUGAGUGCUCAGGUAUGAGAUGGUUUUCCAUUGUUCUCAUUGAAAUGCUAAUAUUUUCCUUUGUUUAAUCGUGAAAUGAAGAAUUUACUUUACACUUCUGAUUUUAUUUUUUUUAUAAAAAGGUUCUCCGUCCCACACAGUUGAAGGAGCGAGCUUCGUGGUUGAGUUGCUGUGGCCUUUUUGAUUUAAUUUCGGGUGCAAGUAAAUAA